AUGAACGGGUUCCUGAACUGCUCUGCCAACCACACCAAGAUCUGGAGUCACUACUUGGUGCUGGCCCUGGGCAUCCCCCAGCUGACCAUCAACGUCAUCUCCAUCAUCUUCAACUGCACCGUCAUCUUCACCCGCCUGGCCACCAGGGACCUGCACAAGCCCAUCUCCAUCCUCUUCUGCAACCUGGCCAUCUCUGACCUCUUCACCAGCUUCUCUGGCUUCUGGAUUUCCAUGCUGUUCAUCACCAACCCCGACAUCACCAUCUUUGGCUCCCGGGACAUGCUGGCUCCCUACUCCCUGUACACCACGUCCAUCCUGUCCACCAUCUACAACCUGGUGAGCAUCGGCAUUGAGCGCUACCUGGCUGUCGCCAAGAGCAUGAGGACGAGAUUCAGGGUGGCCAGGAACCACUCCAUCGCCGUGGUCUUCAUCAACUGGGUCCUGGCCUUCUUCCUGGGCUGCCUGCCCCUGAUGGGCUGGAACUGCCUGCACGCACAGAGCAACAUCUCGGUGCUCUACAGCCCCUUCUGCGUCAACUACCUGGUCUUCAUCGCCAUGCCCAACGUGGCCGUGGCCUUCCUCGUGCCCCUCUUCACCUACCUGAGGAUCAUCAUCAUCCUGAGGAAGAGGAAGCUGAGGAUGCAGGCGUGCGGCCAAGCCACGGGCACCUACAGGUCGGCAGAGACGCAGGUGGCCAGAACCAGCAUCUCCAUCUGGCUGCUGGCCCUGGUGUCCUACGCGCCAUUCCUGGCCGGCGUCAUCUUCGACGCGGCCAACCAGCGCUGCCACGGCGAGCUGUACCCGGGGGUGUACAUCUUCAGGAACUGCACAGCCAUGCUGAUCACCCUCACCUGCCUGGGCAACCCCCUGCUGUACACGCUGAGGCUCCGGGCGCUGGGGGCCUGGCUGAAGGCGCCGUGCGGCCUCUGGGCCUCGCGCGUGAGGGCCUGUGCCGCCAUCGGCCACGUCUGA